UAUGGUCUUCACGUAAAACCUAGAAUUAAAGCUAAUAUUCAACUUACUAAUGAGAUUAUUUCUACAGGAGAAGGAAGCUCAACAGUCAGUUUCAAGUUGUGAGUCUUCUGCUGUUGAUACUCUUAAGCCAAUGGAUGGUGAACAUGACAAUCCAUGUUGUGAAAGGCCCUCUGCAAAAGACAUACACCAAGAUGAUGUUUGUUCUGGUGUUUCAACUUCUAAUCCUGUUACGAAUGUUUCCCCGGGAUCGUGUCAGAGGUCAUUUGCUAAUCCGACCGCCAUAAUCCCUCCACAAAGUUCGGAAUUAAAUAAAAACUCAAACGAAUUUAAGCUCAAUCCCGGAGCAAAAAUUCUCUCCAUCUUUUGCUACUGCCAUAUCAGCAGCUCCUCCUAUAGUACCGACAGUCGCAAAUGUGCCGUACAUACCAGGCAACUCACCUAUGGUGGCUGUUGCUGGUUCUCAGCCAGAUGUUGGGAUGGGCACUUUUGUGCCCCGCUCCUCUACACCUUCUAAGUUUGUCUCUUACGGCAACAUAUCAGCUGCAACUGGUGUCAAUGGUUCUCAGUUUUCUCAACCCGUAUGUUUUUUAUAAGCUUUUGUAGUUCAUUAAUCUUAAUCUUAGAUUUUUUAUUUUAUGUUUCUCAUUUUAUCAUUCAAAGUUCUUCCUCGAAGGACUUGAAAAUUUACUUGGCCGCAUUUGAAAU